AUGUUGAUUGAAGGCUUUGAUCCACCACUGACUUUAUUAUCUAUGGGGGACUGGAGGUGGCUCCUGCAGUUGGUGCCAUCAUCAUCAUUGCCCCACGUUGGGCGCCAAAUACUGCACACGGCACCGGUUACUCCAACGGACCCUUUGCACCCAGUACUAAAUAUUUCAUGGGAACUCACCUUCUAUUCCUCAGUCAAUUGGCGCCGAAUUCUCCAACAGACUGGUUGUGUAAAGAAUAAGAAGGUAUCCACUAAUAAAGAAGAAAAAAUGCCUGGCCCAUGCAAUUGCCGAGAAAGUGGAAUGUGCCAGUGUGUGGAAAGUCAAACCUGUCCAUCCAGUGUAUGUAAAUGUGGACCCGGAUGUAAAUGUGGGCCUGGGUGCAAGUGCACUGGAUGUCAACUGAAAUGCAGCUGUAGCAGUAAUUGCGCAUGUGGAAAAGGCUGCACCAGUCCUGAAUCUUGCAAAUGCGCAAAUGACUGUAGCUGCAAAAAUUGACGAAUUAUAUACAUGUAGUCCUGUGGCCGUCCGGAAUAUCUCAUCUUUCACAACCAAAGAACAAAAUCAUUUAAAUAGAUUUUCCAGUUAGAUAACAAA